GUCCCCCAAAAAUUUAUUUAAUGCUCUAAAAUAAUAAUUAUAACGAACUCUAAUUGGCUAGCAGUGAUGACGAAAUUUGAAAAUAUUUCGAUUACGAUGUAACUGACGUAAUCGGAAACACGUGCGCGAUUGGAACAGCGGGGAGAAUUAUGAAAAAAAGAACACGAAGAAGAACGAUAAUGUAUUCUUUUACCUAUUCGAAGAAGUAUAGCGAAGGUCAGUCAUUGUUAUCGAUGCGUUUCCCUCAGAAAUUAUGGAAGAUCGUCAACGAGUGCCAGACGGGUGCCAUCAACUGGAGCCAUCAGGGCGAUUCCAUCAUCCUGGAUUACCCGAAAUUUCAGGAGGAAUAUCUGGAGAGCAACGUCGACAUUUUUAAAACUAGCAACAUAACUAGUUUCAUCCGGCAGCUCAAUCUUUACGGUUUCCGCAAGGUAAACCACUACAACAGGGAGUCCACCAAGAGGUUGGGCCAACAGGAUUUUCACGAAUUUCGAAACGAGUGGUUCCUGCGUGGACGUCACGACCUCCUGUCCAAGGUCUCGAGGAAGCCCUCCAAUAUCAAGUCUAGAUUGAGUUAUAAGAAGAGGAGUGGUAACACUUCCAGGAUUGCCAAGUGCCAGAUGGCUCUUCAAGCGGCUUUGCACCGUCAGCACAUCCUUCUGCAGAAUAAAUACGGUCGGCCUUCCACUAGAAUUUCGGCUUCGAAGAGCGCCGAGACCCACAAGAAGCCGAGCACCCACUACUGGUGGAACGUUCGAGGAAAUGGCCAGAAUGGCAUCCAGCGGCGCCCUCAGGAAGUACCGCAAAUGAAAGAGGAACCUGAAGAGAGUGUUAACUGGGAAGAAGAAAAGGUCAUAGACAUCUUGAGUCCGGAAGAAAUAAAAGCUUCCGGAAGUUCAACAGAUUCCGUCACAGACGUAAACCAUCUUCUCGAUCCAAACAUUUCGCCGCUGGUCUAUCACUCCUGCGAGUCUGAGCUGACUAAUUUGGAAGAGUCGUUCGCACUGGAAUCAGUUUUCAGCCACAUGGAUAAAACUCUGAGCGAAAAGAUUUAUCACUUUCUGAUGACGGAAGAAGAAAACAAGCAAUACAGACCUAACGACAUAGAAUUCUUCAAGACCAAGCGGUCCUCUCCGUCUAGGGCACCCCUUGCAGUGAUCGACCAAAAUACUUGUUACACAUCAAUUCCGAACGCAAUCCAUUCCUGUUCGCACCAUUUUCCCAAUGCAACCAACUGGGAAAUGAUGCCGACCAGAAGCGAAAACAUGGUGGAGCAAUACAUUCUGAAUCCCGUCAUGGAUGCCCCGCUCUACGAUUUCGAAAUCUACGACAACCGCCCUUACCUUCAGUUAUUUCCAAUAGAAUAAAAUAGUUUAUUUUAUAUAUUGAUAUAUAAAUGUUGCAAGUUGCCUGCAUGUAUUAUAUUGUUAACAUAUAUACAAAUAUUUAUUUAUUUUAUGAAUUUCUAUAUUGGAAAUUACGGACGAUCUCGUACGUCAAAUGCAUUCAUUUGUGCUCGCGAGCGACGUUAUAAAUAUAAUCAAAGAUAUUUAUUUAUAUAUUGUAUAUCUACAAAAUGUUAUAUUGUAAAUAAUUAUUAUUCAUAUUGUA